UAUUGACAUGCACAUGUGAGUGCAUGUUGUUUAUCUUUUUUGGAAGAAAAUCCCAUAUUAUUCGUUGUCAUUUGAUUGAAAGUAAUUAAACGAGAAUGGCAGAAUCGUCAUUUUCAAAGCCCGCAGACACUGAAUCUGACUUGAAUUAUACUCAGGAUAUUCGACAAAUGAUGCAUGGAUUUGGUGAUAGUAGUGAACCAUUGCUUGAAUCUGCUAAGAUCAUAGAGGAUGUGGUGCUACAGCAAAUGAAAACAAUUGUCAAGAGAGCUUGUGAAAUUGCGGAUAGACGAGUUGGUUCAAAGAAAAAUAACAUUAUUAAUGGAGAAGACCUUAUUUUCUUAUUGCGUAAAAAUAAGGUCAAACUUCAGCGUCUUUUAAAAUAUCUUGAACUCAAAGAACUUGGAAUCUCAGUCCAAAAAGUUAUGGUGAAUGAUGUGCCACAAAAUGUUAUGGAUUCUGAACAAUUGGAUAGUACUAAGAGGAAAAUCCCAUUUCAAGCUUUUCUAGAACAGAUUGACAACACAGGUGAACUUCUUGAAAAUUCAUCCACUAUGGAUGAGAUUAAACGACGUAGAUGCAUUCGUGCAGAUAUGGCGACAAGAUCCAUGGAUGAGAUGCGUUACAUAAAAUACAGCAGGGCACGUCGUGUGUCCUUUGCGAACAAGAAUCGCUAUAAAUUCAGCGAGUGGGUUGGCUUAGAUGGUGACAUUACUUUGUCAAAACAAGCAUUUGCAAUUUUAAGUUAUCUUGCAUAUGAAACAGUUGCUCAAAUUAUUGAUCUCGCAUUCUUAGUUCGACAAGAUCAAAAUAAAAUGCAUGGCGAUGCCAUAGAUCGACAGCGGCUCAAUUAUGUUAAUCCAUUUACAUACAAGCCAUAUUAUCAUGGGGAGAAUACCAACGUAACAAAAGCAUUUACUCCUUCAGAGAUAAAUGAAGCACUUAGGAGGUAUUGGUCUCCACAGCUAGAUAUGAUAGGUCCUUUUAACAGAUGGUCCAUGAGAAGAUCAAAUUUAAAACUUCUUUCAUUAUAAAUAUAAAGGUGAGAGGAAAAUUAGAAGCUCAAAUAAUCACUUUGAAAUAAUAAUAAAAAAAAAUUUACAUUACAUAAUAAGAUAAUCUAUACUACAAUUCGUUAAUCUCAAGUUUAAUUGCUAAAAAUUCUGAGAAAUGCAUAUAUUCAGUUCUAAAAUUGACUUGUAUUUAUUGACAUUUUCUUGAUUUUUG